UUCCACCCUAGGAAAGAGAAGAUUUCUCCUAGUGAGUACGUCAAAUCUAGGCUGCUUAACAAGGACUCGCGUUUCCGUAAAGAUGCACAAUAUGUGUUUUACCUUUUGUGGCGGAAGGAAAUGCGACAACUCGCAUCAGGUGUUUACAAUUUGUUAAAGAGUACCAGGAGACAGACCAUGUCUGUUAGCUUGUUACUAGAGCAGGUGAACACCGCAGACGAGCAGCUAGAAGCACGUUUGUGCACCAUGCUCCAGUCAGUCCGUGGUACCAAACAGUUCUGGUUCCUCAGACACAGUGAGCUCAAGUGCAUGAUAAGAGAGUGGGGCUCGCCUACCCUUUUCCUCACCUUUAGCUGUGCUGAGUAUGAGUCCCCUGAUAUCACUGAGUUUCUUAGGAAAGUGAACAAUGUUCCUCCCAGUUACAACAUUGGGAAGCUGUGUGUUGAGGACCCAAUCUCAGUUUCGAGGAAAUUUUCCCUCAAAUUCCAUGCCUUUUUCCGAAAGGUCAUUUUGAAAGGUCAGGUCCUGGGUGUUGUAGACCACUUUUAUUGGAAGAAGGAGUAUCAGAAUCGUGGGGCUCCUCAUUACCAUGUCUUACUCUGGAUUAGAGAUGCACCACUCAUUGAUAGAGACGAUCCCGAGAAGGUGCUAGACUGGAUCCAGGAUAGAAUCACCUGCCACAUCCCUGAUGAACAGGGUAGCCCUGAGCUGCACAGACUAGUCACCAGCUUUCUACCUCUGCAGGUCUUUAAAGGCUGUGAUCUUCUGUCUAAGGGGCACUGGCGUCUCAACCAUAGCUGACCUGUCAGAGGAAGGUACUCAGCUUAUCAGGGGCCUUAGCAGGUGCUGUGCACUUGUCAGACCUGGACCCUACAAACUUCUACUACACAUCCACUACGCUCUUUGGCCUCCACCUUUGACUUCAGCUGGGUAGACCUCUUCAAAAGAGUGAACUCCUUGCACAACAAAUCACAUU